AUGUCUUUGAUUAGAAAACGACUUUCGACAUUGGCCGCGGCCGUGGCCCUGAUUGCGGCGGCGGUGUUUCUCUGGCCGGCCAAAACGCAGGCGGCUGGAAUGCUGAUUGCCGACGGCGGGCUCGGCGGAGUGCUCACCAUCGAAGAGCACACGGCACAGGUCACCAUUAACAACGGCGUGGCCGUGACCGAAGUGACCCAGGUGUUUCGCAAUACCGAGAACCGCCAGGUUGAGGCUCUGUAUUUAUUCCCCGUUCCGGAAGGGGCCACCGUGGCGAACUUCAGCAUGUGGAUCGGCGGCAAAGAGAUGAUCGGCGAGGUGGUCGAGAAGGAGCGUGCCCGCGAGAUCUACAACAGCUAUAAGCAGGUGCGGCGCGACCCCGGCCUGUUGGAGCAGGUCGACUAUAAGAACUUCGAGAUGCGGAUCUUUCCCAUCGAAGCCAACGCCGAGCAACGGGUGCAGAUCGCGUACUAUCAGGAACUGAAGUACGACCACGAUUGGGCCACGUAUGUCUAUCCGCUGGCCACCGCGCCCCGCGAGGGUGUCGAUGCGGCGGUCGCGGGCAAGUUCGGGCUCACCCUGCAUGUGAAGUCGGCCGUACCGAUCACGAAGCUCGAAAGCCCCAGCCACGGCGAAGAGUUCGUCGUUGUGCAGCACGGCGAUAGAUACGUCGAAGCCAGCCUGGAAACCGAAGGCGGCAAUUUGAACCGCGACCUGGUGUUGGCCUAUCACGUGGCCCGACCGCAAACCGGUAUCGAUGUGAUCACCUCGCGAACCGGUGAGGAAGACGGUUACCUGAUGCUCACGCUGACCGCGGGCGAGGAACUUUCCGAGGCCUACAGUGGGAUGGACUACGUGUUCCUGUUGGAUAUCUCAGGCAGCAUGGUCAACGACGGCAAGCUGCGUAUGUCGCGAGAGUCGAUCGGGGCCUUCAUCGAAUCGCUUUCCGAAGAAGACCGCUUCGAAGUGAUCACGUUCAACGUCUCGCCAAACACCCUGUUCAACGAACUGACGCCGGCCACCGAAGAGACGCUGGCCAACGCCACGCAGUUUCUCGAAACGCAGCAAGGUCGUGGCGGUACGGUGCUGCGACCGGCCAUGUCGUUGGCCUACAAGUACAUCGACUCCGACAGGCCGUUGAACGUGGUGGUGCUCAGCGACGGCAUGACCGAGCAAGCGGAACGUGACGAGCUGUUGGCCUCCAUCGGCUCGCGACCCGCGGGUGCCCGCGUGUUCUGCGUGGGUGUGGGCAACGAAGUGAACCGCCCCUUGCUCAGCCAGUUGGCCGACGAAGCCGGUGGGCUGUCUGCUUUUCUUUCGGCCAGCGAUAACUUCGAACGUCAGGCCGAAGCGUUCCGCCGCAAGCUGCUGCGUCCGGCUGCCUCGAACGUGAAGAUCAGCUUCACCGGCGGCGAUGUGUACGACGUGGAACCGCAGGAACUGCCGAAUCUGUUUCACGGGAUGCCGGUUCGCCUGUACGGUCGCUAUCGAGACGCGGGCAAGGUCGAGGUUCGCGUUCAAGCCGAAGUGAACGGGGCCCCGCUCGAUCAAGCCGUGUCGAUUAAAUUGCCCAAACGCGACGACACUAAUCCUGAGAUCGAACGGAUGUGGGCCUUGGAGAAAGUGAAUCGCCUGCUCCGCACGGCCGAUCGCCAAGGCAACCGCGACGCGGUGCUGGAUGAGAUCGUGCGACUGGGCGAGACCUACUCGAUCGUCACCGAGUACACCUCGUUCCUCGUGCUCGAGAACGAUGCCGAGUACAAGCGGUGGAAGAUCGACCGUCGCAAUCUUCAGCGGCUGACGCGUGACCGGGGUCAACAGCAACUGGUGCGUUCCGAGUUGGAACAACUGCGAGAACAGGCCCGCGCUGACAUGGGCCCGCAGAAGAACCAGCCGGAAGAGCGGUUCGUGCAGCGGAACGAUAGCCCUUCGCAGCCGUCGCCCCAGUCGAGCCCCCGCAGCCGGGACAUCGACAUUGCCCAGAACACCCGCGGUGGUGGUGGGGCGAUCGACCCGAUCAGCGGCGGCAUCGUGCUGGCCCUCGGCGGAUUGGGUUUCGCGGCACGACGUCGCAAGAAGCGCACUCCGUGCGUCUCGCUGCUGUUGGUGGUCGCCGCCGUGGCGACUUACUUCGUUCCCACGCUGGCUGAGUUGUUGCAAUACGACCGAACCGCCAUCGCCGCCGGCGAAGUGUGGCGUGUGGUAACCGGUCACCUCGCGCAUUGGUCGCUCGACCACCUGGUGUGGGAUGCCGGCGCGUUGCUGGUGCUGGGCCUGUUGUGCGAAGUGCCGUAUCGGCGAGCCUUCAACUGGUGCGUCGCCGGCACGGCGGUGUUGGUCCCGCUGGCCGUGUGGACCUUCAUCCCGGAGAUGAGCACCUAUCGAGGGCUUUCCGGCAUCGACUCCGCAUUGUUCGUGCUGCUGGCCGUGAAGAUGAUGGCCGAAAGCCUCACCGCCAAACGCUACACCCCCGCCGCACUGUGCGGGGCGGUGCUGAUUGCGUUUGCCGGCAAGAUUGGUUUCGAGUUCGCCACCGGGGCGACCUUGUUCGUCGACAGUGCGGCCACGAACAUGGUGCCAGUUCCGUUAGCCCACGUUGUGGGCGGAAUCGUCGGUGGUGUUUGCGGUUUCUCUGGUUUGAUUCACCAGAAGUGGACCGCCGCGGUCAACUACUCUUCGCAGGUCUUCAUCGCUUCAAAACCGGCGCGGGUUAGUGAGUAG